AUCUUAGGAAUUAGUAAUAAUGGACGUAAAACUCUUUAUAUCAUUAUACAACUUAAGCUCCUGUGUUGGAAAAAGUAAAUUAAUUCCAUUUCGACAAAAACUGAAAGUACGAUUCUUUACCUUUAAGGUACAAAAGAUAUAUAUUUAUUUUAAAAGUGGCGCCCGCGUAUACCGAACAACACCAAAUUGUUUUUAUCUAUCGCACGAAGGUUCGAACUCGAUAAAAUUACCGAUCUUGUUCGGUGAUAAAAGGAAUCGCGAGGGAAUCUUGUCGAAAACUCGGGGACACCGCAACUGUCGGCGAGAAUCGCUUUAUUCGUGAUUGCGCGAGUAUAAUGGACGAAAUGUAAAUCUUUUUAGGUCAUCAAUGUAACUUGGUACGGCACUGUCCAAGUGGUUGCGAAAGAACGUGUGUUUAUCCCGCGCGCGAUAAGCGUAUUUUGAUCGUAGAGAAUAUCUGCUGACACUCAUUCUUCGCGAUGACUCGCACGCGGUCGCUAAUUGUCCGCUAUUGUCGAAACCGAAAGUUGUUGAUUACCUCGCGGAGAGACAUGACUCUGCUCUCUGAACAGCAGCACCAUUGAACCUCCGUCGCGAAUAAUACCAGAAUAACGCAUUUAAAAUAUGAACAACUUCCAUAAAAUCGCUAUUUUGUAAACUAAUCGAAUCGAAUUAAAAUAGGAUUAAUGAUUAUCUUGUUGAAAAAUUGUAAUCGUUAUUGCAAAGCAGUUGGUGUUCUGUGUUAUCUUAUAUGUGUGCAAUCGAUCUGCCUCAGAUCUGUCGAAGAGGAAAUUUCUAAACGGGCUUUUCUGGUGCAUUUUUAGCCGCAUGCUCUGGUUAUCCGACGGCGGUAGUAGCGAGAGCCCAUUGCUCGUGGAAGAAGGUGAGACAGUCGGUGCACCUCACAGUCCACGCAAUAUACACAGUCACAGCCAUUCACAUGGCAAUCCACACCGAUCUCACAGUUAUCAUCAUGAAAAGCCCAAACAAUUAGUGAAAUACGGCGAACUAGUUAUACUUGGGUACAAUGGCUACCUUCCACCUGGUGAUAGGGGAAGGAGGAGAAGUAAAUUCGUAUUAUACAAGAGACCCGUGCCAAAUGGUGUUAAACGUAGCAAGCACUACAUCGUUAAAACGCCCCACAGUUCGCAAGCCAUCCUCAACACGAAGCAGCACUCGAUUUCGUACACACUCUCCAGAACACAGGCUGUUAUUGUCGAAUACACGGAAGAUGAAAAAACGGACAUGUUUCAGAUCGGUCGUUCGUCCGAGUCGCCAAUCGAUUUCGUAGUGAUGGACACGUGUGCGGGCGGUGGCGACGGCGGGCCUGCUAACGAAGGACGUGUCGCCCAAAGCACCAUCAGCAGGUUCGCUUGUCGAAUCCUGGCGGACCGAUCGGACCCUAGAGUCGCCAGGAUCUAUGCCGCGGGCUUCGACAGUUCGAGGAACAUUUUUUUAGGGGAAAAAGCAACCAAAUGGCAGGAAAAUCGCGAGAUCGAUGGACUUACGACAAACGGAGUCCUGAUAAUGCAUCCGCGGGGCCAGUUUUGUGGUGGUGAGGCCCAAUGCGGUUUCUGGCGAGAAGUUAGCGUAGGUGGCGGAGUUUUCUCGCUCAGAGAAAGUAGGAGCGCUCAGCAGAAGGGUAAUGUCGUGGAAGAUGAGAGCAAUGUUCUGCAAGAUGGUACUCUCAUCGACCUCUGUGGCGCUACUUUGCUCUGGCGAUCAGCCGAAGGCCUCGCGAAGUCUCCGACGAAACAGGAUCUAGAGGAAUUAGUUGACGCUAUAAACGCCGGCAGGCCGCAGUGUCCUGUGGGCUUGAACACCUUGGUCAUACCACGCAAAGCAGCUUCGGAUUCGACGCAGCAGCAGCCAUACGUUUACCUUAAAUGCGGUCAUGUACAAGGGCAUCACGAUUGGGGCCAGGAAAAGGAUAAGGUUACGAGAAGGUGUCCCAUGUGCCUUGUCGCAGGGGCGGUAGUCAAAUUGUCUAUGGGAAUAGAGCCUGCCUUUUACGUAGACUGCGGACCGCCCACUUACGCAUUUAGUCCCUGUGGACAUAUGGCUACAGAGAAAACUGUCAAAUACUGGGAAAAAGUAGCCAUUCCACACGGCACAAACGGCUAUAUCGCGAUCUGUCCCUUCUGCGCGGUACCGCUCGAGGGAACGCCAGGAUAUGUAAAACUAAUUUUUCAGGAUAAUGUAGAUUGAAAAUAUAAAAUAUCUUACAUGUAGAAAUUAAUAACUUCUUAAGAAAUAUAAGGAUUAUUAAACUCAA